AUGCAACUGCGACGGGAAAAGGGGCUGUGCUUUACUUGUGACGAUAAAUUCUCGUGGAAGCACAAAUGUCCGAAUCGCCAAUACAUGAUUCUGCAGGUGGAUGAACCGGAUGGCGAUGUUUCCUCCUCCGUUAUCGCCGAACCUGUUCCACCGGAUCUUCCGUCGGAUGAUUCUCCAACUUUGCAUCAUUUGUCAUUACAAGCUUAUCAUGGCACUUCUGGCAAAUGUACUAUCUACUUUUCUGGGUCGAUUGCAGGCACCACCGUGCGCAUUCUUCUCGAUGGUGGCAGUUCUGACAACUUAAUUCAGAUGGAGAAGAUUCCAAAAAGGAAAUCUCAAUCCAAUCGCUGGGUGAAUAACGAGUGGGACCGGUUGGAUCCAACUGCGACCCAUAUUGGUAAAUGUUCAACUGAUGCUUCAGAAAAAAAUUAG